GUUUAUGCAGGUUCAGAUGAAGAUGAAGUCUGCGGGCGUCGUGGAUGGAGGUUUAUUCACAGAGAGCUAUUGCAACAUCUGCAACGCUCAGCUCAUCUCCGAGUCCCAGCGCACCGCUCACUAUGAGAGUAAGAAACACGCUAACAAGGUACGUCUGUUCUACAUGCUUCACCCUGAAGAUGGAGGACCACCUUCCAAAAGACUGAGGCCAGAUAACCCAGACUGUGCAGAAACAGAAGUAGACAGAAACAAGUGCUGUACCUUGUGCAACAUGUUCUUCACCUCCGCCAUUGUGGCCCAGUCCCACUACCAAGGGAAGACCCACGCCAAGAGAGUGCGCCUCGUGCUUGGGGAACCACCAAACCUGCCCGCAGCCAUAACCAGCCCUACAAACACAGAUUCCUCACCUUCCACCCCCCUGCCCACAGACCCCAACGCUUCCCCCGCCUUACCCUGGCCAACGCCAGAGCUCAGUGGAAACGGUGGCAGGGAGGCCGGGAAGUACUGCUGCCUAUGCGGAGCCUGGUUCAACAACCCUCUGAUGGCCCAGCAGCACUACGAGGGGAAGAAACAUCGCAGAAAUGCUGCCAGGGCCCGCCUCCUGGAGCAGCUAGCAGGCAGUCUGGAUGCCACAGAGAGCACAGGGCUGCGCAGUAGUUACUCUUGCAGUGUCUGCAGUGUGGUCCUUAACUCCAUCGAACAGUACCAUGCACACCUCCAGGGCUCCAAGCACCAGAACAACCUAAAGCAACACCAGCAGUAAGUCAGACCACACAGGAACGAAGAAGCAACGAAGACAGAUUGGGAUAAACAACUUCAGAAACAAAAAGGACUUCGUGCCAGAAAGUAGUGCAGAUUAACUGCAGUGUGUAUGCUUGUGUGUGCGUGUGUGUGCGUGUGUGUGCGGAUGUGUGUGUGCGUGCGUGUAUAGGUGUGUGCCGUGGGCAUUUAUGCACAUAUCUAAAGUAAGUGUAUGUAGGGAAUAACGGUGUGUUCAUUUCAGUAUUCAAGGUAUAUUCAGCACAUUGUGUUUGAUUGUUGAACGGUCUGAACGAUCUGCAGAAGACUUGCGACUGAGGAUUACCACGUAGCUCCUCUGUGAACCACAAUCAUAAAUUAAACUGAUGUCACUACAUUACCCAGACUGGUAAUAAUCAUUAAGUUGAUCGCCACAGAACAGGAGUACUAAUAACUCUGUGACUAGUGGUGACCCGGGUGUUCUGACAGUGAUCUGAGUCUGGAUACGAUCCUUUAUGUGUUUGUGAUUGUAAUACAGUGCCUUGCAAAAGUAUUGAUACGCUUUGAGCCUUUUCGGAUGUUCUUACAUUGAAACCACAAUCACAAAUGCAUUUAUGUCGAGUUUAAUACAAUAUUAUAGAAUGUCAAAACUCUGACAUCUAUUUCUUCAGCUCCAUUGACUCUAUACCUUCCUCUACAGUGACUACUUCAAGUCCUGUGGGCCAUGUCACUGUCCGCUACGCACAUCCAUACUCGAUUUUCUUUUCAAACUAGCUCAAGCUUAGUCAUAUUUGAUGGGAUGCAAUUGAACGUCAUAUUAGAAAAUGUGUUCUUAUGUGCAUCUGUUGAAAAUAACCUUGAACCGUCGAACAUACUUUUCAUUAAUUUUUGUAUUAUAAAUGUUUUUUUUUUUUUUUGUUGGUCUCAUGUACAUUUCUAAAAUGUCAUGUUGAAAGCACACAAAAAAAAACUUCAGAAUUAAUAGAACUAAAAGCUUGGGAACAUCAGUAUGUGUGUAAUUAAUCUACUUUCUUAGUGAAAGUUACUCCUACUAAAGUUUGCUACUGAAAACAAAAUCAACUUAAAAAUGUUCUGAUUUAUUGGAUAUGACUGUGUUUAUAAGUCUUGACACAGGUACAGUAUGUAUGCUUCUCAGUUUUAUUUGCAAACAGUUUUGAAAGUCAUCCAUUGCUUUUCUUCUACUUUACAAUUAUGCAGUGCUUUGUACAGAUUAAUCAUAUAAAACCUCGAUAAAAUGCGUCGAACGUUUCAGUUCUGACACGACAAAAUGCGAAAAGCUCGAAUGUGCACGUCCGCUUUUGCAAGGCACCGUAAUGCAGCGAUGAGUUUUGAUGACGGCCAGGCUGUAUGCACGGUUCACUUUCAGACCACUUGAAACCUACUCAGGCCCAGACUUUAAAGUCUAAGAGCAAGAAAAUCCCCUGUGACCUCAGCCACGACUGACUGCAUGACUUGCCAUAGGUUCAAACAAAAAAAAUAAACAGUUUUUGUUUUGAACAUAGCAAUGCCUGUCAGUGUUGUGGAUUGGUCUGUUUUCAAUAUAUGUCUCCCUCCUAAUCAUGAUCUGGACAAAAAGGGUAAACGAGCAAAGAGACUCUUGAGUUUUACUGCUGACGAGAGUCUGUGAAUCAUCUACUGUUGAAAACAUUCCCACUGCACUAAGUAUUGAUGUCAAAUGCAGGUUGGAGGUGACAGAAGCUGUCUCUGUAAAGGGCAACAUGUAGAUAAUAUUUCUCUAUAUAUUUUUUUGGUUGCUAAAGCCAGAGGAAAACAAGCUUCCCUCCCUAUUCAUGUAGCACCUAAUACAACUGGGAUUGUUUUCGAUGCAUGCAACCAUUGCAUUGAUUUGACUUUUUUCAAGCCUACCUAUUGCGUGUUUUGACUGUAGUGCUGCUUUUUAGGAAUAGCUUUGUAAUGCAUUACAGCACAUGCUUGCAAUGGAACUUAAAGGUCACAUUCAAAAGUGAUUUAUUCAUCCAACAAAGGAAAACAGUUUGAUACUUAGAUAUUAGACCUGCACAAGGCAUAAUGGCCUUGUGUUGUUUCUUCUGCCUGAGAGUUUUAAUAGGGGAUUCGAAGUUUCUUUCAGUGAACAAAGAUGCGAUGUAACAGCAAGGAGAAAAGUAUUCACGCUUAUUUUUCUGUCAGCUUAUGGACGACCUAAAAAGAAAUAUCCUGAGCUGUAACAGUUCCAGGGAAACGUUUACAUACACUCAUCGUUGCCAUCUUUUCCCCUUUAAAAUCUAUAUUUAAGCUGGAUUGGUCAAACUAAAUUAACUUUAGAAUUCCUUAGAUCCAGAUAGUGACAGAUUCAAAAAUAUACAUUUGAUCUCAUUAAUCUUUGGUCAUAUUUUGGUUAGAAUAUUGCACUUCAAGAAGAUCCUCUUUCUAGCCAUCAACAAACUUCUUGCGUAAUUCUCGCUUGAUGUUGGGAGUCUGUUUUUUAACUGAAUUUUUGGAUCAGCUUGAAAAAUAGUCUAAAAUUUUCAACAGGUCGAAGCUUUCAUGUUUGUCUGUUUUAUCCACCUCAAGGCCAGUUUUGAUGCAUAUCGUUUUUAUGUUGGAAAGCCUAGUUGUGUCCAUGUUUCAAUAAUCUAGCUAUUUUACUGAGAUGACAGUGAAAAAUUGCAGGGCAGUCUUCUUCUUAUUUUUAUUUUUUCAUGUUUGUCACACCUUUAGACCAAUUUAAACAUAGUCAAAGACAACACAAGUAGGCUUUCACACAAAAUGCAGAUUUUAAUGGAGAAAAAAAAAUGCAAACCUACUCGGUCCUGUGUGAAAAAGGUUGUUUUUGUUUCUCCAUUAAUUCUAUUUCCGCCACAGCAGAGACCGUGUGAAGUUUGAGACCUUCACAUCGACUCCUCCAAAUGUUCGCACCACUGUAGCUACAACAGCUUAGUGUUUGUCUCCUCAGACCACAAAACUUCUGAAGACAUUAUAGAAACAGCGGCGUCUUUCUUGGUCGACAUCUAUUCACUGAAUAGUGAUGUAAAACUGGUGCUCCAGCAAUUUUCAGUUCCAGUUCAGUGAAUAUCCAAACAAAAUGAUGUCAGAAACGUGUCAUUAGCUACAUAAAGCCUGUUGUCAAGAUGCAACUUGUUAAGGAAUAUUUGACUGUGGGCAUAUUAUUAAGCCCAUGUCUAUAAUUUUGACAAUUUGCAGAUUAGAAGAAUAAAAUCAAAAGUUGCUCACAUAAUUCGUGUUUAUAAAAUAUAACGGGCUGUUCAUAAUCAGCAGUGGUUCUUGCAUGAAUGCUGCAUUUGGCACCCACAUGCCCACAAUAAUUUUAGUUUAUGAGAAAAACAAAGAUUAAUUAGUUAAUCUAGUCUAGUACUUUACAUGUGACACAACUAUAUCUGUAAGCACAUUCGAGAUGAUUAAAUAUGUGUCAGAUUCUUUAAAAAAAAAGCAGUGAAAUAGCUCUGUAACUUAGUACUAACUGAGAGUAUUUUAUCACUUAACAUAAAACAUCAGGGGAUGCUCCUCACAUUACUCACAUAGAAUUGGGGAAAAGGGGAAAGUUGUUUGAGGUGCAGCUGACGAUAUUUUCUUUUCCUUUUUUAAAUUUUAACAUUGCCUGCCCCCAGGCCGCACCGUCUAGGUGGGGACAUGCGUUUAACGACACUGAUGCUAAGAUAAGUGUAUGUAAACUAAAAACUGGAUCUGCAUAUUGGUUUUAAUGGUGUAGGGAAAAAAAGUUUUUUUUUUUUUAAUGUUUUUCUUCUUUUUCUUUCUUUUUCCCUUUUACAAUGAGCAGCGUUAAACACUCUGAACUUUUUUUGGAAGGUUUUCCGUCUGAGACGUCAGAGAGUUAAAAAAAAAUUUAUGCAAUUGUGCCGUAAGAUUAACAUCCGUAGAGCGUGGGCUUGAAAUGAGAUAGUUUAUCUAUGGAAACAGAGCAGUGUGUGUUCUUUAACAAUAGCAGCAGGUGAAACUUGUGUUUUGAAAAGAAGAGUUUUGUAUUUAUAGUGUUUAUCUGCACUGAGCCAAGAGUGGUAAUGUUUCUUAUUCUACUAAUGAGAAUUAUAAUAUGCAGGCACUGGAAUAAAAUCAUUUGAUGAG